AUGCCAUAUUCAAUUGUCCAUUUUUUUGGUGACAACUCGAUUGAAACUGUCCCUGAGCAUUGGAUAGACAAAAAAAAUGGCACUUGUGCUUGGCCUAACAAAAGUAAAACCGCUUCACGGCUUAUUGAAAAAAAAUGUAUGCCUAACCAGAUUGAAUAUACAUAUUUAAGAUGCAGAGAAUUAUGUAAAGGAAUUGAUUCAUUAGUUGAAGCUAAAACUAAAUCUAAAAAAGCUUUGUACAUGUCUGAUUUAUCGUCUACAGAAGAAACAGUUUCAGCUAACGAACGCCAUAAAGAAAUUAUAAUAUCUUCUCCUACUUUGUCUACAAAUUCAUGCCCAUUGUUUUCAGAUUCUGAUAAUGAUCUAGCAUCUAAAAAAUCUAGCACUAAACCUAAGUUUAGUACAACUAUGAUUGGCUCUGAUAAUAAUGAACAUUUUAGUAGUUGUUCUCCAUUGCCAAAAUUAUUAAAUGAUUAUCCUCAUGAAGCCAUUAUUGAUGAUUCUGAAUAUAAACAGAGGUAUAAUAAGGAACCUAACUAUUCACCACCUGUCACAAGUGAAUCACUUAAGACCAUUGAUUAUAACAAAACUAAAAAGCAAAACGGUUGGUCGCCAUUAAAAUUGAGUAGUCCAGAUAAAAAUGUUAAAGAUAAUAAUAAAAAGCCCCAUUUAAAAAAACAGUGGUCAUCCAAAGAUACACCUUCUACAUCAACUUUUAAAUCAUAUAGUGGAAGAGAGUACAGUCACAGUGAACCUUUCCUGUCAAAAAGAAACGUUAAAUUUCUAGAUUCAGGUAAUAGUGAGCCAAUAUUUAAAAGAAAACCAUCAUCCACAUAUACACCAACCGCAAAUUUGGAUUCAUUAAGUAGUAAAAAACAACUUGGUCCAUAUUCAAAAAUUAAUGACAAUGAACAUUCUGUAGUGCGAGGAUUAAUGUUAAACUCCAAUAGUCCUGAUGAGUAUGAGUUAUCCUUCUCACAUUCUAAUUCUUUAGGAAAAAAGAAAAGUUAUUACAUAGAACAGGAUGGUCCAAACUGCGGUGUUGUGGUAGCUGAAAAACAUUUUAGUCACGGUGAACCUUUAUUGGCAACAAAAAAAGUUAAAUAUUCAGAUAAUAGUGAUCCACUAUUUAAAAGAAAAUCACCAGCCACAUGUACACCUACUGCAAAUUUGAAUACAUUUAGUAGUAAACAAAAAAAUAGUUCACCAUAUUCUAAAAUUAAUGACAACAAAAAUUCUGUAGUGCGAGAAUUAUUUUCUAGCUCCAAUAAGCCUGAGGAUGAUGAACCAUCUUUCUCACAUACUAACUGUUUCGGUAAAAAGAAAAGUUAUCAUGUAAAACAGGAUGAUGGUCCAACCGGUGGCGUCAUAGCUGAAGUUACACCUCAACGCUAUUCAAAUGAUUUUCAAAAGCAGGUAUUACGUAUGCUUACAUACUUGACAAGUGAAGUACGAUAUUUGGAAUCUGGACAAUCAGAAAUACUUAGAAAAAUCGAAAAUGCAGCAUCUGACAACAACUUCAGUAAUUCAGAAACAUUAUCAGAAAGUCUAUUCAAAGACCUUACAGAUUGUCCAUUACCAAUUGACAAUAUAUUCGAUCUUAACAAACUUGAAGAUAAAUUAUCGGAAGAUAAAUGUUUUCGUAACAAAUUGGUUAAUGAAUUAUCUUGCACAGGAGGAAAAAAUUUAAAAUUAAUGGUAAAAAGAAUUAUGAAUAAAUUAUUUACUGAUAAACUUAUGUCCCAAUAUUCGUUUACUGGGAAAAAAGGGAAAAACAAAUUCAACAGUUUGUUUGUUUGUGCUGUUAUUUUUGAUUCUAUUAAAAAAAGCAACAAAUCUUGCAAAACUGCAUCGGUUGAUGAAAUUGAGGAAAGAAUAAAAUAUAAUUUGGCACAAGCACCAUUCAAUAAAAAAAAUGUUUCACAAAAUUAA